AUGCAAAUCAGAUCAUGCAUACACAUCAGACAACUCAUCGCCGAGAAGGUCGCGCACGCACAGCAGACUGGCAUCAAGAUAAUCGCGUGUCUGUGCGAGACGUCGGAGGACCGCGAGGAGGGUCGCACGGACGACGUCCUGUUCGGCCAGAUGAAGUCCCUCGCCGCCAGCAUCAGCGACUGGUCGCGUGUGGUGAUCGCCUUCGAGGCUCUGUGGGCCAGCAAUACCGGCGUCCUGGCCACAGCUGCGCAGGUACAGGAGGCCUUGGCCAAGCUGCGACACUGGCUGCGCGCCAACGUGAGCGACAAGGUGGCCAACAGCACCAGAAUCCUGUACGCAGGUUCCGUUUCGUCGAGCAACUGUCGAGAGCUGGCUCAGCUGGAGGACCUGGACGGCUUCCUGGUGGGGAGCGCGGCCCUCAGACCCGACAUCGUCGACAUCAUCAACGCCCGACGACCCGACGUGUCCAGCCUCAUUGCGCACUUCGACCGACCCGACGGCCGACGCGCCUGACGCGGGCGGUCACUCCUAGUUGCGUAGUUUUAAGGCUGUUUAUUUAUUGAAAUAAAUAUAGAAAAUGUUUCUAUUUUCAUCGA